GGUAGCAGGGGUGGGGGGUGUGCAGGGAGCGGGAGCUGCCGCCGCCGCCGGACUGCGGGGACCGAGAUGCAGGUGGGACCGGAACCGGAACCCCCCCGUCCUUUUCAAGUGUCUCUUCUCCCCCUGCGCGACCCCGGCCACGGAGGCCGAGACAAUCCGUGGGUGGUGGUGGGCGUGGGGGGCCCCGGGUCCAGGAGGACACCCUGGGCUCCGGAGAGUGCGGCUGACAGGGCUGGCUGGUGGAGGAGGCCGAGCCGCUGCACCCCGGAGCAGGGGGGAAUGGGCCGGUUGGGGGAUGUCCACGGAGUAGGAUCGGGUCCGAGUGGAUGGACCACCGAGGGCCGGAGGGGUCUGAGCCUGGAGCCGAGCCGGCAGCGUCCCCCAGCUGCCCUCCGGGAAAGAGCACAAGUGAGCCAGGAGGCAGGUGCAUGGGAAAAAUGUGUCAGAGUGCUCCCGCUUGGCAGAAGGCAAGCGGAUUCGGCAGUUUUAGGAGCCGACGGGGCCGUGGUCCUGAAAGGGACUCCGGGUGGGCCUGUGUGAGCCGGGGUGACCUGUGGCUGGACAGCAAGGCUCUGCCGCGUCUGCACCUCUUGGCUGGGUGACUCCCCGCAUCUCUCCCGGCUGCCUCUUGCUGGUUUGGAGUUAGCCCUGUGGUUUGGGGGGUGGAGGUGGUGGACAUCUGAGUGUGCCAGACCUAGGCCCAGCCCGGAAGGAGGAGGUGAGAUCGCCUGUUUCCAGACAGGGUUUGGGGAGCCUUUGGCUGGGAUGCCCCCGCCCCAGGUCCCAAGGGGAGGAGCCAGGGGUUGGCCGUUCCACCCACGCGGCCAGCUUGUGAAUUUAGGAGGGCUGAUUUUUCUUUUAGCAAAUUGGAACCCUAGUCUUGGCCUGCUCCCUCAAUACAGUCCUGGUGGCGCUUAUUUCCCUGGUUCUUGCAAGCUCUGGCUUGUUCCUGUCCCUUGAAUUCUGUCAUGGGUUCUAGGUGAUAAAGGGUCGUCAGCUCUGUUUUGCAGCUUUGAAAGCUCAGGCUCGGAGGGCACGUGUGUCUGAUGCGAGAUCACACAGCUCUGAGGUCUGACUUGAGAACUUACGGCCUGGCCUUAACAGCCUGGCUCACCAGCCUUUACGGCACCCUGGCCAGUGAAAGCGGGAUAAGAAGGGGGGAAAAAAUCUUAGAAUUAAUCCUCUCCACUCACAUCCCAGCUCCCUGGGAUGUCUUUGUAUAUGUUGUGGCCAACAGAUUUGCCCCCCCCCCCCACCUGACACAGCUUAAGGUGAAAAAAGUGGGCUGUUAGGGUGCUGUGCAGGUACUUGCUUGGAUGCUCAGCUUUCAAGAAAGUUGUCUCCGGCCAGCAUCCAUCCAUUCACUUCCUACAGCAGUUUCAGGCCUCCCAUGAACUCCCCAAAGCUGGGGCGGGGUGGUGGUGACAGGGAGCCCAAACCACAACUGGUACGAAGUCUGGGGGACACAGACUGCAGGGGGACAGAUGAUAGACUUGGGGUUCUGCUGUUUGGUCUCCUCUGUUGAAGAUUGGUAACACCCCAGCCCCCUGAGGAAAGGUAAGGUAAAACACUUGGGGAACAGGGCUCUGGAUUGGUGUGUGGACAGCAGUGCUAGGUGUCAGCUCCGUCUUUGAGUAAGGAAGCAUCUGGAAGAAGUUUCCCUUUAUUUGCUUGUUUUUCUUUUUUGUUUUUUGAGGAAGGCGCUUGGUACUUUCUUCUUGCUGUAGGAGCGCAAGCCAGAGAAAAGUGAUGGGAAGGCGAUCAGAGAGGUUCAGGGCGAGACCUUGGGGCAAUGGGUCCAGUGGGGAGCUGGGGGGAUACCCACCCCAUCCCCCCUCAGCCAUGACUCCUCUCUCUUCCCCCCUACAGCUCCUGCCGCUCACCCCACAUCUUCUGGCCGCCUCCCUCUUUGCUGCCCCUCCUCGCAGUCUUCCUCACCCCACCACUUCCUGGGGGCCAUCAUGAAUGGUGCCCCUUCCCCGCAGGAGGAUGGGGCCUCCCCACCCCCCCUGCCACCACCACCGCCUCCGAGCUGGAGGGAGUUCUGCGAGUCCCAUGCCAGGGCCGCUGCCCUGGAUUUUGCCCGCCGUUUCCGCCUCUACCUGGCCUCGCACCCGCAGUAUGCAGGGCCUGGGGCCGAGGCCGCCUUCUCCCGCCGAUUUGCCGAGCUCUUUCUGCAGCACUUUGAGGCCGAAGUGGCCCGGGCCUCCGGCUCCCUUUCCCCGCCGGCCCUGGCUCCCCUGAGCCCAGGCAUGGAGAUCUCAGUGCCACCGCUGUCGCAUGACCCCCUUGAGAGCUGCAGGGUGGGCGGGCCCCUGGCCGCGCGGGGCCCUUCUCGAUCAACCGAGGACCUGGCCGGCCCCCUCCCUUCCUCAGUCUCUUCCUCCUCGACGACCUCGAAGCCGAAGCUAAAGAAACGCUUCUCCCUGCGCUCAGUGGGCCGCUCGGUCCGGGGCUCCGUGCGUGGCAUCCUGCAGUGGCGGGGGACUGUGGACCCGCCCUCUUCCUCUGGGCCCCUGGAGACAACAUCAGGCCCCCCAGUCCUAGGUGGAAACACCAACUCCAACUCCUCUGGCGGAGCUGGGACCCUUGGCCGGGGACCAUCGGCCAGUGACGGGCCAUCUCCCGGGGAAAGGUGGACUCACCGGUUUGAAAGGCUGCGACUGAGUCGGGGUGGGGGGCCCCUGAAGGACAGUGCAGGGCUGGUGCAGAGGGAAGAGCUGCUGAGUUUCAUGGGGGCCGAAGAGGCGGCCCCUGACCCUGCUGGAGUGGGCCGGGGCGGGGGGCCAGCAGGGCCUGGGGUUGGGGGAGGCGGGCAGCCUCAAUGGCAGAAGUGUCGCUUACUGCUCCGAAGUGAAGGAGAAGGAGGAGGAGGAAGUCGCCUGGAGUUCUUUGUGCCACCCAAGGCAUCUCGGCCCCGGCUCAGCAUUCCCUGCUCUGCCAUCACAGAUGUGCGGACCACCACUGCCCUGGAGAUGCCCGACCGGGAGAACACGUUUGUGGUUAAGGUGGAAGGCCCCUCGGAGUACAUCCUAGAGACAGCCGACGCUCUCCAUGUGAAGGCCUGGGUGUCGGACAUCCAAGAGUGCCUGAGCCCAGGCCCCUGCCCCACUACUAGUCCCCGCCCCAUGACCCUCCCCCUGGUGCCGGGGACCUCAUUCCUCUCCCGUGAGAAUGCAGACAACCUGGAACCGCCUUGCCUGAAUCACUCCGAGAGCCUGCCCAGCCAGGAUCUACUGCUGGGACCCAGUGAGAGCAACGACCGCCUGUCGCAGGGGGCCUACGGGGGCCUCUCAGACCGCCCCUCGGCAUCCAUCUCCCCUAGUUCUGCCUCCAUCGCUGCCUCCCACUUUGACUCGAUGGAACUGCUCCCCCCGGAGCUGCCUCCCCGCAUGCCCAUUGAGGAGGGACCCCCGGUGGGGACAGCUCAUCCCCUUGCAGCCCCAUAUCCUUCCCUGGAUACUCCGGAAACGGCCAAAGGGUCAUUCCUGUUCCAGGGAGAGGCAGAGGGGAGUGAGGGGGACCAGCCCCUCUCAGGAUACCCGUGGUUCCAUGGGAUGCUCUCUCGACUCAAGGCCGCUCAGUUAGUACUAGAAGGAGGCGCCAGCUCACACGGUGUCUUCUUGGUGCGGCAGAGUGAGACAAGGCGGGGCGAAUACGUCCUCACUUUCAACUUCCAGGGCAAGGCCAAGCACCUGCGCUUGUCGCUGAACGAGGAGGGCCAGUGCCGCGUCCAGCACCUGUGGUUCCAGUCCAUUUUCGAUAUGCUUGAGCAUUUCCGGGCACACGCCAUCCCGCUGGAGUCUGGCAACUCCAGUGACGUGGUCCUGGUCAGCUAUGUGCCCUCCCAGCGACAGCAGGGCCGGGAGCAGGCUGGGAGCCAUGCAGGGGUGUGCGAGGGAGACCGAUGCUACCCCGAUGCCUCCUCCACCCUCAUGCCCUUCGGAGCGAGUGACUGUGUAACCGAACACCUCCCAUGACCCACCCCAACCCCCCGAACCCCCUUCAUGGACAGAUCCCCUAUAUCCUGGGGCAGAAGAGGCGGCGGGGGCGCCAGAAGUGGCGACAGCCACAGCCACAGCAGCCAAAGAGAGGCAAGAGAAAGAGAAAGCGGGCAGUGGAGGGGUCCCGGAAGAGCUGGUCCCCGUGGUUGAGCUGGUCCCCCUGGUUGAAUUGGAAGAGGCCAUAGCACCGGGCUCUGAGGCCGCUGGAUCAGGUGGGGACCCAGAGACGGUCCCGAUGGUACAGCUCCAGCAGCUGCCACUAGGGGGCGACGGAGAAGAAGGGGGCCAUCCCAGAGCCAUUAAUAACCAGUACUCCUUCGUGUGACACCUACCCUACCCCUCCUGCGCUCCCCUACACCCCAGCCCUUGGGUCCUGCAACUGGGCUGGCAGGGUGCUGGAGGAAAUGUCGGAGCCCCCUCCCCACAUGCUUCAUGACCCUUGUUGGCCAAAGGUGUCCAUUGGUACGAGCAGAGAUCCUGAGCGCUGUCACCUCCUCGCUCAUACACUACAGGUGCCCCUUCCCCUGAGCAGGGGACUGGGGCUCCAUUACCUCCCUGAGGGGCUCUUAUGGUUAGCCCCACCCCUGGGGGCCAUUUCCCCCUUUAACAACCCCCCCAGCCCAUGGCAGGGUGAGGGGGGGAAGGGCUGUCAGUUACAUUAAGGUUGUUGUUGUUGUUUUAAACAAAAUGGAGAAGCAUAAAUAAAUAAAAGGGUUUAUCUCAGUUC